GCCUCUCGAGCACCAAUCUUCACAGCCACACCAAAAAAUUAAAUUAAGGUAAUCUAGUCGGGCUAUUAGCGCAGGCUAUCUUGCUGGUGUUGCAGGACUUGACUGAAGCUACAGGCGCGCUAGACGCUGGACAUCCCUUCCGCCGCCGCUCCCCUUCCGACCGCUCCACCGCUUCCCAUCCAUCCGCAUCCGAGCCCCUCGGGCCUCGGCGCGCUCCCACGCGGCCACAUACCCCCGGCUUCGUGUCCUUCCCGAAUCACGGAGCCCGAAAUGCUCUGCAUGUGACCGGGCGGCAGGCGACGUGUCGCGGAGGCAGGCGGGCAUGGGCACACCUGGAGCCCCGCCGCGGCGACACCCAAGCUCCCCAUGCCUACCUCCGCUCCACCUCCCCUACCCGCACUGGCCUCCGCCGGUCCGCCCUCGCGCCUAUUUAUCCCCAUCGAUGAGGACGUUGGAGGGUCUGAUGCUUCUUGCUGCCGUCUUCUUGUCGUCCGGUCGCCAUGUUCCGAUUAUUUGUGUGCCUGAAGAAUUUUAAACUAUGUUCUUGGAGGUGCACGAAACGAGAUCACGGGCGCACGCAGCUGCCCAGGAAGAAGGGAAGGCCGCCUCAAAAAAGCAGAAAACAGAGAGCAAAGACCAGGAGAGGGGCCAACAUGUAACCUCCAAGAACAAGAAGUCUGCUGAGAAUAAAGGGCAAGAUGGAGAAUCAGAGGCACCAAUGAAGAACAGGAAGCUCAAAGCUGAAGAAUCUGAGCCUAAUGGGAAGGGAACUGCUGCAAGAGAGUUUACAGAGUUCUGCAAGGCCAUAGGAGAACACCUCUCUGUUGAGGACAUGCGCAAGAUCCUUCAAGCCAAUGAACAAGAUGCUUCUGGAUCAGAGGAUGCAGUUGUUGCACGAUGUGAGGAUAUGAUGUUCUAUGGACCCCUCAAGAAGUGCCCAAUAUGUGGUGGUCAGCUUGAGUUUAAGGGGUGGAAAUACAAGUGCACCGGGAAUUACAGCGAGUGGGCCCACUGCACUUUCAGUACUAAUGAUCCUCCAAGGAAGAGUGGCCCUAUAGAAGUUCCUGAGGACAUAAAAGAUGAUUUUGUCCACAAGUGGCUGAAGCAACAAGAGGGAAAGGAGUUUCCUAAACGUGAUGUUGAUGAAGAGGCCCACAUCUUCUCUGGCAUGAUGAUUGCCUUGUCUGGACGGAUGUCACGCUCACAUGGUUACUUCAAGGAGCAGAUAACGAAACAUGGAGGGAAGGUCAACAAUUCUGUGCUUGGUGUUACCUGUGUGGUUGCUUCUCCUGCUGAGAGAGAUAAAGGUGGCUCUGGAGGAUUUGCUGAAGCGCUGGAGCGUGGGACUCCUGUUGUUAGCGAGAACUGGAUAAUGGAUAGUAUCGAGAAGAAGGAAGUUCAACCUUUAGCUGCUUAUGAUAUUGCUUCUGAUGUUGUUCCGGAAGGCCGAGGACUACCUCUGGGCCAGCUUGAUCCAAGUGAGGAGGCCAUAGAGACCUUAGCUGCAGAGGUUAAACUUGCUGGUAAGAGAGCAGUGCACAAGGACUCUAAACUUGAGAAAGAUGGGGGGUGCAUCUUUGAGAAGGAUGGCAUAAUUUACAAUUGUGCUUUUGCUUUGUGCGAUCUAGGAUGUGAUAUGAAUCAGUUAUGCAUUAUGCAGCUGGUUAUGGUCCCUGAAAACCGUUUGCACCUAUUCUACAAAAAAGGUCCAAUCGGUCAUGACCAGAUGGCAGAGGAAAGAGUUGAGGAUUUCGGUAGCCGUGUCAAUGAUGCUAUUAAAGAAUUCGUUAGGUUAUUUGAGGAGGUUACUGGGAAUGAGUUUGAGCCUUGGGAAAGAGAAAAGAAGUUUGAGAAGAAGAGUAUGAAGAUGUAUCCCUUGGACAUGGAUGUUGGGGUCGAUGUGCGUCAUGGAGGCGCAGCACUUCGUCAGUUGGGAACUGCAGCAGCACAUUGCAAGCUUGAUCCAGCUGUUUCAUUUCUUGUUAAACAAUUAUGUGGCCAAGAGAUUUACAGGUAUGCUUUGAUGGAGAUGGCUCAAGACCUGCCUGACCUUCCCAUAGGGAUGCUUUCUGAUCUCCAUCUGAGGAGAGGGGAGGAAAUGCUUCUUCAGAUGAGGCGAGAUGCAGAGUCAGUUCCAGAAUCUGGCCCAGAAGCUGAUGCAUUCUGGACAGAAAUCAGCGCCAAGUGGUUCACCCUUUUCCCUACAACUCGACCAUACGUAUUGAGGGGAUUUGAGCAGAUUGCAGACAAUGUAGCAUCUGGUUUGGAGACAAUACGUGAUAUUAACGAUGCUUCUCGUCUCAUUGGGGAUGUGUUUGGUUCGACUUUGGAUGAUCCACUGUCUGAAUGCUACAAGAAGCUGGGUUGUUCUAUCAAUCCUGUAGCUGAGGAUUCAGAGGAUUACAAGAUGAUUCUGAGGUAUCUGGAAACAACAUAUGAGCCUGUCAAGGUGGAUGAUGUGGUUUAUGGUGUGUCUGUUGAGAGGAUAUAUGCUGUAGAGUCCAGUUCAUUUCCUUCUUAUGAGAAAAUAAAGAAUCUACCAAACAAAAUUCUUCUCUGGUGUGGAACUAGAAGCUCCAACUUGCUUAGGCAUCUACAUAAAGGAUUCCUGCCUGCUGUUUGUCACCUUCCUGUGCCAGGGUACAUGUUUGGCAAAGCCAUUGUGUGUUCUGAUGCAGCAGCUGAAGCCGCUCGGUACGGCUUCACUGCAGUGGAUCGUCCAGAAGGGUACUUGGUCCUGGCUGUGGCCUCUCUGGGGAACGAGAUAACUGAAGUAACUGGCACCCCAGGGGCAGAGGAUGCCCAAGGCUUUGAAGAGAAGAAGAUAGGCGUGAAAGGCGUCGGGAGGAAGAAGACCAAUGAGUCGGAACACCUCACCUGGAGGGAUGGCGUGAAGGUCCCCUGCGGCAAGCUGGUGCCGUCGAGGAACAAGAACGGCCCACUCGAGUACAGCGAGUACGCUGUCUACGACCCGAAGCAGGUGAGCAUCUGCUUCCUGGUUGCGGUUAAGUACGAGGAGCAGAACAUGGAGGUGGUGCCGGACGACGUGUGAAGCCGGUGCCAGCACUGGUCGGCCGCCGCAUUUUGCAGUUGUGCGUAGUGGUUGUGUGAACUGGUAGGAUACCAUAGUGACGAUGAGGAGCCUGGGUUCCAUUUUGGGCUGCCUCGUUCUGGUUGUUUUGUCAUGGGCUCAUCGCUGUUUGUCUUAGGGUGGAACCAUGUAGUGGUGCAGCGGGGGAGUGCUACUGACCCGUGUUAAGGGCGCGCUUGCUCUGUGGCUGCAGCAGCAUGUAAAUAUUUGUGUUGGAUGUUAGCACGGCUUUGGUUUAGCACUC